AUGGCAAGAUUUUCUCAACCAGCCUUUGACUUUUAUCAUCAGCACCCUUCUACCUUGGACGCGAAGCCUUCGUCAACAUCAUACCUGGAAGAGGACGAUAUGAGCGUACUAGACGACAAGAUCCUUGACUCUACCUCCGAUCUCACAUCUGCCGACCACCGGAGACAUUCAUACGAACAAGGCGCAGACGCUUUCCAACAUCGAGAUUCAGUCUGGUCCGACUUCUCACAUUCAGCAUCCAGCACACAGUCCCGUCACAGUUCGCAAGUAGGCCAUCCUUUUUUUGAGUCUACGCCGAACCCUUUCAUGAGAAUGGACGGACUUCCGUACGGCCAGCCUCAAACGUGGGCGAUUUCCAAAGACUCCGGCUCAUGUACACCCUCUGCUAUGUAUGAGCCCUACCCCGCCGAUAUGGAAAACACUUCGGUCGCACCCUUUGCUGGUGGUGCCGUGGGCCCGGUAAAUACCGUCAGUAUGCCAUCGAUGUCUUAUCGUCAACAUAUGGGUUUCGCACCACCGGGCGCAGUUGCCAUGUCACCGCAGUCAAGUCAGGGCUGGAUGCCGGCCGCGACAGACAUGCAUGACCCAGGCUCGCGACCAAAAGCCAGCCCCACCUAUCGGAAUAGCUCGCCUCUUAGCGUUCGCCGUGAUGGCAUUCGAAAGAAGAACGCUCGCUUCGAGAUUCCCGCUGAACGGACACUGAGCAAUAUCGAUCAUCUGAUUAGCCAGUCCACCAACGAGGAGGAGAUCAAGGAGUUGAAGCAACAAAAGCGCUUGCUGAGGAAUCGUCAGGCCGCUUUGGAUUCUCGACAGCGCAAGAAGCUUCACACCGAGAAACUUGAGGAGGAGAAGAAACAUUUCACCCAAGCCAUAACCGACCUUGAGGAGGAGGUGCAAAAUAUGAGACUGCGCGAAGGAGAUCUCAUUCGCGAGAAGAACGAGUGGAUUGCUGCACAGCAAGAAAUUACCCAGUACAUCAACACCAUGCAUAUGGAGAAAGAUGAACUUAUUCGGGUUCACACCUUGGAGACGGCUGAGCUUCGAAAGAAGAACAAUAUCCUCAAAGAGACUGUGGAAAAGCUGGAGCGUCACGCCAGAUCUAAUGUUCCCACCGAGUUCUCCGACUUCGAAAACCUGACUAUGGAGAGCAGUCCUUGGGAAGACUUUACCAUGGUCAACAGUCUAUCUUUGGACACGAACCACGGGCCCGCCGCUCAGCCAUCGCAGUCCAUGGUUGUCGCUGCAAAUGAGAAGGCUCCUGAAAAGCCGGCUAACGAGUAUCCCUUCAGCUGGAAUGCUUUCUACAUGUGUUUGCUUUUCGGUGCUUUCAUCGCUUCUAACAGCACUUCCGUUCCUGCGCGUUCUCUUCCUCAUUUAUCUGAGGAAUAUCGCGCAGAGUCUGCGAAUGUCCUCAAGGCCGUCCUAUCUUCGUCGCCGCCAGAGCUUGCGCACUCAUCGACCAACCAGCCAGCUGUUCCCUCCUCUUCUGUUGGUUCGCUUCCUACUACCAUUACUGGUGCCGAGAUGGCUCAGAUGACUGGGUCAACGGCCACCUCGAACCUAGACGAGCUCCACAACUCUCUCGCGAUGCCAACUAAGGAGCAAGAACAAGAGCAAGUUUUUGCUCUCAACGCUGAGCAGUAUAACUCGUUGACUACGUUUGACGAGACAGGCGCCGGGUACAAGUCUCAGCAGACCUCGAAUCUCCAGCAGGCCUUGGCCGCGAUGAGAGGUAAUGCUGCGCAGACCAGGGUGCCUCAAAAAGCUACCUCUGAUGUGUACUCCCGGUCACUCAUGUGGGACCGCGUUCCUGAAAAGGUAAUUCAAGACUUUCGACGAAUGGUUCAGGAAUAUGGCGCUACCCCCGCCCGAGGAGACGCCCCAGGUUUUGCCUAA